UGUACCAGCUACACACUCUGUCUAUAUAACCAAAUAUUCCCAAGCCACCUAAGCCAAUCCAGCACAAUCAAUCAGUUUUAAGAGCUUUUGUGUUUUGUUUUGUCAUAAAGGGAGUUUUUAUAGCUUAUUGACAAUUAUACUAACAAAAAUGGCCUCCAAAUACAUUAAUGGCAUUAGCAUUUGUCGGUACAUCUUUACCGGCAUUUGCCCGUUUGCCCGUUCUCCUCACGUCACGACAAACAGCGGCAGUUCCAAUGUCCGGCGUUCGGCGGAAGAACUUAUUAUAAAUGUUUUCUUCUCAAUUGAAAGAUUAAAGAAAGAAAGAUGAUGGAAUAAAUAGUUAAUUAAUUGAGUUAGCUUUGAUGAAACUCCAAAAAUCAAACGUAUACGUGUAUAAAAUAAUACGAGAAAGGUGAUAGAAGACCUACGACUACCACAUUACUAAGAAUUUGGAUAUUUUUCUAUGGAAAAUCCACGAAUGAAAAGAAUGAGAAGUUGGACUAAUUUAAUUAAUAUCCAAUAAUUGAUUAAAACUACACUAUUUUAAUCAAAAAAUAUUAGUCCCAUGUUGCAAUCUCCAUUGUUGAUUGUCUCCUUAUAAUCCAACAUGUGACCUUCCAUUGUCUACCGUUCACACCCUUUGGCUAACUCGAAAAAUUUGGGACAUUAAUUCCAUUCUUUUAUUUAAAAUGAAACUCUGUGCAAGCAAAUUGAUUUUUGAUAUACAUAAGGAAAAUCCUCUUAUACAUUUGUAUGUAUACUAUCUUAGUUCAUGAUCGAUCUACUGAAUACAUCUAAUGAGCUUUAUUAUGUGGGUUCCCUCAAAUAUUACAUUAAAGGUUUUUACAUGUCGCAUAGAUAUACUUUCAAACCAAUAGCGUUUGUUUGAGACACUGGAUUAUAAGAAAAUGUAUAAUAUUCAUCACAUAUUACAAAUUUCUAAACGAAAUAAGUAAAGAUGAUACAUUAUGGACAUGGUAGACUAAAAAACAAAUUAAAAUUGUAUCAUAUUAUAUGUGUUUGUAAAUGAUCAUUGAGUGAACCUACAAAAUAAGUCGGCCUAAGAAAAAGACCUAUUCUCUUUCAUCAAAAUGUCACUAUUAUAAAAUCCACCCAAAGACACCAAACACUUCUCCAUCAUCAUUGCAUUUCUUUUUCUUUUUCCCCAACCACUAUUUCCUAGUUCGCUCGUGCACAUCUCUGACGAUCCCAAUUCUAAAAUCUAUCACUUCCUGCAAUCUUUUCAGCAUCUUAAGAAACUACUAACACGAUACAGAAGAUAACAAAACAAGAGACUCCUUCUUUCUUUUUCUUUGUACAAGAUAAUAUAAAAUCAUCACCGUUUUGUUUGUUUAGCCGAUGGCAGCUUCCGGUAACGGUACAACGGCAGGGACAGGCUCACCGUGCGGUGCGUGCAAGUUCCUGAGGAGGAAGUGUGCAUCGGAUUGUAUAUUCGCACCUUACUUCUCAUCGGAGCAAGGAGCAGCAAGGUUCGCAGCUAUUCACAAGGUGUUUGGAGCCAGCAACGUGUCUAAGCUCUUGCUCAAUGUCCCAAUCCAUGAUCGAUGUGAAGCUGUUGUCACCAUCGCCUACGAAGCUCAGGCUCGUCUUCAUGAUCCUGUUUAUGGCUGCGUCUCUCACAUUUUUGCCCUCCAACAACAGGUUGCUUACUUGCAAGCACAAGUCAUGCAAAUGAAGGCACAAAUCGCCGGCCAUCAGGCGUCAGCCGCCGGAGAUCUAAGAAACAGCUCAGAAAGUACUCACGAAUACACGACUUGGCAACAAUCUAGUGGCUCUCCGAUCGGCAGUGCGUACGCAGCACCAUAUGACCAUCAUCAUCCUUACUACGGUCACGUAAACCCUAAUAAUCAGGUCUCGCCACAGAGCUCGCUAGAAGAAUCUUUAAGCAGCACGAGCAGUAACGUCACUACUACAGCUAACGUGCGAGAGACUCAUCAAACCGGAGGUGGCGUAUACCGUCACGGUGGGUUAGGGUUUCACGAAGGAUAUCCUAACAAAAAGAGAUCAGUUAAUUAUUGUAAUAGCGAUUUAGGUGAGCUUCAGGCUUUGGCUCUUAGAAUGAUGAAGAAUUAAGAUAAGUUGGUGACUAAUUAUGUAGGCAUACGCAGAAAAAAAUGAGAUGUUUUUCUAAU